GAAUUUCAUUUCUCAUAAGUCGUAGUUAGGCUUCGCUUCUGUUUUCUCAUUUUUCUGAAGUGUUAUAAUGUUAUUCCCGCUGAUGAUAUAACUUGAAACUUCUAUAACUUGAUCUGUUUCCAAAUCCAUUGUUCCUCUCACAGUCAGUUCAUUCUCGAUCGUCGGAGCCUGUUAGCCAUGGGGAAACGUUCAACAACAUCUACAAAAUCCGGCAGGGCCAUGAACCCUGCGGAUCAGGCCAGAAAGGAAGCAAGGCGAAGAGAGCUGAAGAAGAAUAAAAAACAGCGCCAGGUCGUGAGAGAAGCGGUGAUCAAGUCGAAAGAUCCGAAGAAAGUCAUCGAAGAACUGGAGCGAUUAGAUCAGAUGGAAUACAACAUCCACGAGAUACCACCACUGCCAGAGCACAUUUUAGCGGAAAGACGAAAACGACUAUUGGGAAACUUCAGUCGUUGUUUAUCUCUUUACGAAAAGGAAGACAAGACCAAAUACGCAGACUUGAAAAAGUUACUGGCUGCUUACCAUCGAAAGCACGACGACACUAGAAGAUACUAUGAAUCCGUACGGAGAGCGCAAAAUGUCAACAUUGAGGAGAUUACUUUGCCUAGUCUGCCAGCAGAAGAUGGCGACAGCUCCAGCCACCCCCAGGAAGAGAAUCUCUCGUCUUUCCGAUUGCCCCAGGGCCCCGUUGUGAUAAGCGCUCCUAGAAUUCCUUCAUGGGAAGCGCUUUCGGAUGAUUUAACGGAGCUAGGCGGUCGGCGGCCACCCGGUCCACCCUGCGGUCCACCACCCUCUUUUAGUGACGACAGCGAUGACGAAGGUUACGGCCAGAAGGAUGCCGCACAUGAGGGUGAAUCAGAAGAGGAUGAGUAUGACGAAGAUGAAGAGGCGGACGUUUCGGAAGCGAAAAAGAAGGAAAAAGACCCUGCUGCUGGAGACCAUGAAAUGGAUACCGACGAAGUGGCUGAAGACAGCACCAGACAAGAUGAAUCUGACCCAACCCAGGCUGUUUCAGAAGGCAUCUCUCCAGAAAUGCGACCACCUCCGGUUCGACCGGCACCAUUUAACCCUAGAUUACCGAAUUUUCGCAAUGUUCCUCCUCCGUCGUUAUCAAAUGCUAGGUUUGCACAGCCGCCUCCUAGGCCUGGCAUGCCUGCUCUGAACCGCAUGAUGAUGAUGCGACCACCUCCCGGAUUCCCCGUACAUGGAUUGGCUCCCAUUGGGCCUAUCCGGCCGCCAAUGAUGCCCGGUGACGUGAUCGCGCAGCGACCAGCACUGUACAACCAGCCCGUACCUACGCCUGAGAGCAAAACGACAAUUGCCGCAAAACCCCAGUUGCGGAACACCAUGGCGGAAGUGACACGUUUGGUUCCCACAGCAGUCAAAGUUAAACGAGAAGAGCAAAUCAAACCUAAGCCCAAACCAGCAGGCUCUCUCGGACCAAAUGUGGAAUUGAUACCACAUCGACCAGCAGGGAGUAACGAGAAGCCGAAAGGUAGUACGGAUCAGGCUUAUGACGAUUUCAUGAAAGAAAUGCAAGGGCUUUUGUGACACGGUUUAGCGCUGGCAGUAGCCGUAACCGUGAGUGUUUUGUGUUUUUUAACGCUGUAUCAUUAUGAAACUGCAAUUGUCAUUGUUUUGAUUUUAAUCCAUAAAACAAUGAGUGAAUGACGCAGUGAAGUCUGAAUGGAAUACUAAUCUGGAUAGUUAACAGAAAUUGGUAUUAAGUUAUUAACGAGGAAAACCGAUGUUAAAAACUGUAACUGCGACUGUCGUUUGCAUAAAAGAAAUCGUUA